AGUACAAUUAAAGGGGCGCCCAGUUAUGUGAGACCCACCGGUGAAAAACAAGUUCAGUUGCACCAAGUUCGUCGUUGCGUGUGGUAUCUGCUCCCUUUGAACGUUACCUCUCCCGUGAAGUAAGAAUCUAACCUCAAAAUGAGCUCGUCGCAGUAUUAUCCAUUCCAAUGCACACCGACCGUCUACCCGGCCGAUCCGUUCGACGCUAACGAAGAUGCGGGUACGCUCCGUACCGCGAUGAAGGGUUUCGGUACGGACGAGAAGGCCAUCAUCGAGGUGCUGGCCCGUCGCGGUAUCGUCCAGCGUCUGGAGAUCUCCCAAGCGUUCAAGACCUCGUUCGGUAAGGAUCUGAUCAGCGAUCUGAAGUCAGAGCUGGGCGGCAAGUUUGAGGAUGUGAUACUGGCGCUCAUGACACCGUUGCCGCAGUUCUACGCGAAAGAGCUGCACGAUGCUAUCUCGGGCAUCGGUACCGAUGAGGAGGCAAUCAUCGAGAUUCUGUGCACGCUGUCGAACUAUGGCAUCCGUACGAUCGCCGAGUUCUACGAGCAAAUGUACAACGUUUCGCUCGAGUCGGAUCUGAAGGGUGACACUAGCGGUGCGUUCAAGCGGCUGUGCGUGUCGCUGGUGCAGGGUAACCGUGACGAGAACAAUGGCGUUGAUGAGGGUGCGGCUGCAGCUGACGCACAGGCACUGUUCGAAGCUGGCGAGGGCCAAUGGGGCACGGACGAGUCCGUGUUUAACCAGAUUCUGGUGACCCGCUCCUACCAGCAGCUGCGUGCCGUGUUUGACAUCUACGAGAGUCUUGCCGGCCACACGAUCGAGGAUGCGAUCAAGCGCGAAUUCAGCGGUGCUAUCGAGGAGGGCUUCAAGGCCAUCGUACGCUGCGUACGCUCGAAGGUACAGUACUUUGCCAAGCGUUUGCACAACUCCAUGGCCGGACUCGGUACGAACGACAAGACCCUGAUCCGCAUCAUCGUGAGCCGAUCGGAGAUCGAUCUCGGCGAUAUUAAGGAAGCGUUCCAGGAGAUGUACGGCAAGUCGCUAGAGUCGUGGAUUAAGGGCGACACAUCGGGCGAUUACAAGCGCGCUCUGUUGGCAAUUUCCGGCUACCGGUGAACGGUUUUGUAUCAGUUGCGUAUACUAAUGCAAAGCAAAAUGCAAACAAACACCACCAACCUCAAUAAGUAAUAUGUACGGGAUAGUGAACAGAUUUGUUGUUAGGAACUGCAUGUCUCGACCGGCUAAAUAGGGUUUGUUUCUAUCUGCCAACAUCGAUUCUACCGAUGAAGAGUAACAAGAGUUUUAAUGAAAUUUUUAUAGCAAGUAUCUCAAUAGACUAUCUCAAUGCAUCACUCUGUCGGCCACCAUACGGAACGACACGUAAUCUCACAUCACAACAACCAAAAAAAAACACCAACACACAUUCUAACUCUUAUCUCUCUGCGUAAGGGAAGUUCUUUUGCAAAGGAAACUUUUACCUUCAUCUCACAGAAACCACCGCAAAUUCCAUUACAAAAACGCUCCUCUUGCUCUUACUACUUUAUACUGUUCAUAUAUACUUUAAAAUGCGUAUUUUGUUCUUCGCACAGUGCUAUCUUCUGUACACAGUGUUGUUUACUUAAAUUGUAUAAUCAUGUGCCUUGACGAAAUAUAUGUGUAUGUCCUCGUACACACCUGCCAAUAUUAUACCGCUUUUAAGUCAACGUACCAAACGGAGAGAGAAUGAUGCUUUAGUACAAGCAAGUAGUUUGAAAAAACAAAGCUGUUCAUUUACGUUUUUCCUAUUUUGCCCGCAAAACAAUAUGAUUCACUGUGUAGUAGUAGUAGCAGUAGUGUGUGACGCAACAUUGAAGUACUAUUCACCGCCGUAGGUACGCUGUUUAAUAAAUCUUUAUGUAAACGAAA